AUGAGCAACAUCAGUCAAUUAAUGGACUCAAGCCCAGUUCCUCCAGACACCACAGCAGUUGCUCGCGGAAGUUCGGUCCAACCGCCAAACAAAGUUCAUCGGUUUCUGAGCAAGGUCAAGGAUGGUGUAACGAAGAAGGUUCCUCGCUCGAAGAAUUUGCGCAGCCGCGACCCCGUUCAGGAUACUUCUGCUGUUGUGCAACAAGGCGCCAAUCCUCAAUCUGGACGUGCGAGACCCGUCUUGUCCCCAGGCAAAAAUGGAUCAGCAGCACUCGAUGACGCAGACAGUAUAGAGACCACUUAUCUUCAACCUCUCAGGACAUUCGACACUGUGAUCGGGACGAUAGCAGAGGUGCAUCCGUAUGCAAAGAUGGCAUUGGGCGUGCUUUCUUGCGCAUCAAAAAUAAUUCUUACUCAGGCGGAUCGUGACGAAGCGGUACUUGAGCUCUACAAGAAGUUGGGUCAAGUGUAUGGCUUCAUAAUGCAAGACGACACGCUUCUCAAGAUUUCGUCAAUGAAGGACGUCUUGGGACAGAUCUCUCGGCAGACCCUAGAAUGCGCCAAUUUCAUCAGGGAUUAUUCAGAAAAGAAAAGCUUUUGGGGGAGACUCGGAAAGAACAUCAUCUCGGAAACAAACGAUACAAUACAACAGUAUAGCGAUGUGUUGGAUGCGCUCAUGCAAAACUUCCGCGACCAAGUCACUUGCGACGUAGCCACCUACAUUCACGAUACAAGCGAAAUACUGGAAUUCAGUGGUAUGGCUUAUGCGGAGGCCGCAGGACUGGAUACUAGGAAGCGAUGCCUGCAAGAGACGCGCAUUGACAUCCUCUCCGACAUCAUGGGGUGGAUCAAUGACAACAGAGACGAUGUUCCACGCGUGCUAUGGCUAUCCGGACCUGCCGGAACGGGUAAAUCAUCCAUUGCUCACACGAUCGCCAACUCGUUCAUCGGGGUGGGCGGACUCGGUUCUUGUUACUGCUUCGACCGAAACACGGAGGAUCGUCACAAAAAGGUUUUCAUCACUAUCGCGCGAGACCUGGCUGACCGUCAUCCGGAGAUGAGACGAGCAUUAGCGCAUGCAGUCAAGAACCAGACUGCGCUCAAGACUACACCGGACGUCAUACAGCAGUGGCAGAAGCUUGUCAUAGAACCGUUAGGGAAGCUUUCUGGGUCACCAGUGGGACCCGUCGUGACUGUUAUCGACGCACUGGACGAAAGUGGCGAGGCAGUGGAGACACACAGCGACAUUCUUCGCAUUCUUUCCGGUAAACUUCGAGACCCAACCAUCAAUCUUAUCACGAAACUGCCAAAAAACUUCCGGAUCUUAAAGUGGCAGAAUGCGAUAUCUGCACCUACGUAUCAGAAAUUAGAAGGGCUUCCAGAUUUUGGGAGCAAGGAUUUCACAGCCCUGGCCAAGAAAGCUGAUAAUCUUUCUGAGUGGGCACGUCUUGCUUUAUCGCACGAUCCUGUCGAACGGGAGCACCUGUUGUAUGAUAUGUAUGACUUCAUUCUCACCCAGAUCACGCCAAAGGAUAGACACGCAAGCCUCAGGUCUCAGCAAACACAGCUAGCAGUGUUUCGUUCCGUGAUGGGACAAAUCCUUGGCACAGCCGAAACCCUUCCUUUGAAUUCCCUGAAUGCCAUGCGAAGCCAUUUUCGAGAUGAAAGCGAGCAUUACAAAGUGGAGGUCAUAGUGGAACAUAUGGGAUCCCUCCUUAGCGGCACCACCAACUCAUCCACCCCAAUCCGACCUCUUCGUGCAUCCUUUCACGAUUUCCUGACAGAUCAAUCACACGCUGGAGAUUUCUUCAUCGAUGUGCCGAAUGUUCAACGUAAUCUUGCUUUCGCCUCACUUGGAGUGAUGAAAGAUGGACUCUCCUUCAAUAUCUGCGAUUUAAAAUCAUCCUAUCUUCCCAACUCUGAAGAUCCUGGUCUGCGAGAACGAGUUGAGAAGCGCAUCCCCCCACAUCUAUCCCAUGCCUGUCGAUUUUGGCUUUCACACGUACAAGCCGCUAAGUUCGAUUCAGAACUCGCCACAGAAUAA